GGACUGGCCGAUAGAUGCCGCUGUCGGGGUUUCUUUCUUUUCGCACGCUCUGAAAGGUGAAGGAAGAAGAAUCGUCCAACACGUCAGACAUUUUUUUUAUUAUAGUUAUUACAAUUAUAUCCUAGUAUAUUUUAUAAGCUAUCAGAAUGACAAAGACAAAAAAUAUAAAAAGGGAAAAGAUUAGCGUUGCGACAGAGAUUGACCGUGUUGAGGAGCAGCGACUGAAGUGGCAGGGCAGUCUGGAGAAGGCCGAAUUCAGACAUCGGCGUGAGCAGCUCUCAGGUGAAGACAGACAGGCCCUCGAGGACGAAAUGGCGCUCAUGAACGAGAGGAUACAAAAAUAUGAGAAGGAGCUUGCGGAUUUGCGGGGAGAGAACAGGAGGAACAUGAUGCUCUCCGUAGCCGUGCUGGCCAUCAGUGCUCUUUUCUAUUACUCCUUUAUUUAUUGAGGACCCCUGCAGCGAUGCCUGCUGCCUUGGCAUGUCAUCCGUCUCCUGUUUAUAGAAGCUGGUAGUAAAAUGCGUUUUUUUUAAUAUAAUAUACACACAAGGGCUUUAGAAACGUGAUGCAGGGUGACGAGGUUCAAAUCCAUCUCAGUGGUGUUAUAGCAGGAGAUCUUCCCCUCGUGCUAUACAGCAGGUUCAGGUGAAAAAGGGAAAAAUGUAUUUGUAGCGCAUCCGAAGACACACUACACAACCACAUAUGAUUGUGGAAAAGUAUUAGAAAAUCUUAGAAAAAAACAUAUUAAAAGCAAAUGAAUUGAA